AUGACUACACCUUCAAGAAGGCGUCUUAUGAGAGAUCUCAAAAAAUUGCAAACUGAUCCGAUCCCAGGGAUUUCUGCAGCUCCUAGCAAUGAUAAUAUUAUGCUUUGGAACGCUGUUAUUUUUGGUCCUGAAGAUACCCCUUGGGAAGGAGGUACAUUUAAAUUGACGAUUGAAUUUUCUGAAGAGUUCCCAAACAAGGCCCCUUUAGUAAGGUUCCAAACCAGAAUGUUUCAUCCUAAUAGUAAUUCCUAACUUCCUGUAAAAAUCAAGGAAAAUCAUUGUCAUUAGGAAAAAUAAAGCACUCUCCGUGGAUUAGUAAAGGCAUAUUUAUAAAAUAAUAAAUACUAUAGGUCUUAAAUGAUUAUAUUUAUGCUAACUCCCCCCCCCCCCUCCGUGAGCGAACAAAAAAAUUUUGUUCGCUCACGGAGGGGGGUUAUUUUUUUUUUUUAAAAAAAAUUUAUAUAUAAAUUUUAUAAAAAAUAUUUUUUUCGAAAUUUAAAAAAAUCCUAAUUUGCAAAAAUUGGGAAGCAAAUAUUAAUUUAAUUUGCAAAAUUUAUGUUUUAAAACGCAAUUUGUUUAAAAUUAAACAGAAUUAGCUCUAGAUUUCAUUAUACUAAUUAUAUCACUUAUAUAUCAAAAUUUUUUUCCAUUAAAAUUUUUUCUAUUAAAAAAAUUUUUGUUCACUCACGGAGGGUGGGUUUUUGGUCAAAAAAUGGCGAUUUUUCUAAUGGUUUUGUUCGCUCACGGAGGGGGGGGGGGGAGUAAGCAUCAUCAAUUUUAAAUUAAACUACAUUUUCGCUUAAAAUUUGGGAUUUUGAAAAAACAAUUAUAUAAAUCUGUAAAAAAUAUUAAUCCUCCACACAUGAGCAAUUAAGACACUUUUGCAGUUUACAAUGAUGGCACUAUUUGUUUAGAUAUUUUACAGAAUCAGUGGUCUCCGAUUUAUGACGUUCAAGCUAUUUUGACUUCAAUUCAAAGUUUGCUUUGCGAUCCAAACCCAAACUCCCCAGCAAAUAGUGAAGCUUCAAGAAUAUACGUUGACAACCCUCGGGAAUACAAUAGAAGAGUCAGAGAAGUUGUCGAAGACAGCUGGUGCUCUUAG